AUGUCCAAAUUACCAUUAUUAUUAAUUUCAUUGAUCAUUCUCCUCCUGUGUUCCAGUUACCAUGUUGAAGGUAAAGCUGGAUUGGAGUCACCAACUCCCCGUCAACCUUGCAACCCCUCUGACAACUCUGGCUGUGGCAACGAACAAUCCUGUGCCCUAUCCUCCCCCGUGGAAGCCAACAGAGUUAACAUCGACGUUCUCAAGACCAAUUCAUUCCUGGUGUACCAACGCAAGAGUUGGUAUAACAAGGAUGCUCAGACCAACACUUAUGCACUCCAGUUGUUCAUUGGUGGUGUUGGCUACAGCGUGGCAACACUCAACGAGAACUCUGCCCGCACUGAUGAGGGUGAGUUCUCCAUCCCGGUUCCUCCAGCUACUGGCAAGCUCCUCUCUGCCAUCGACUUCUCCAAGCAGGUCCGUGCCUACUACCAACUAGUAUUUGAUGCUAGGAAUGGUGGUGGAGCAAUCUACUACUCCUGCGCUGAUGUCUUCCUCACCAACAAUACUGCCUCAUUCAAUGGUUCGCUCACUGCUCUUGGCACGACCAAUGUCACAACAACGACAUCGAGCCCAACAUCCACUACUGGACACGCUGCCACAACCUCUGCCCUCAACUCUACGACAACCGGUAUCAAACCAUUGACCACUGGCAACUCAUCACUUACCACCAACUCUACCUCCAAGGUGACAACUACUGGUCCAGCUUCCAAGACCACAACUGGCGAGGUAUCCAUCCCUGGUGAGCAGAUCUCUACCGGUUCCACGACCGAGUCAACUCCAGCACUCACGUCCACCACUGGUACUGGUUGCGCCAUAUCAUCCAUCAACCUUGCUACCACGUUGCUAGUUGUCUUCACAACACUCUUGCUCCUCAUCCUCUCAACCUGGUAG